UUGUCGGGAUCCUCGGCAAAUCGUGCGAUGCGAGGGGCAUGCGAGAAGGUCUCCUCAAGCCCACAAAGUUUGCGCACCCGUCUUGGAGAGGUUAACUUAUAUCCCUUCCGAACUCAUGGGGUAUUGUGCUGUCCUUGGCCGUGUUCUCGGUGGCCGGUUUGGGAUACCGGCGGCAAACUCGCGAAAAGGGGGUCGUUGAGCCGACUGCGCCUCAAUGAGAGACCACGCGAGGCACCCACGCCUCAGCGUUGUGGGGCUAAAUAGUGCAUCAGUUACCCCAGCAAUCACAGCAACCACAACAAACCACACAGCCUCCCAACAAUCUCGAGAAUGCAACCCACGCCACAAGUUGGACGCUAGCUGGCUUGGGCGAGGCCAGCCUCCUGGUUCGCCAAGAUGGAUGGAAUUGGGCGAGUGUACGGAUACGCAGUUGUUAAAUCGGAAGAUCCGGUUUGAUUGCGUCCAGGCUUGCAUCGGUUGGACGAACGGAAUAUUCACUUGCACUGUGUAUUCCAGAGGCAGCCUGCUUAAAUGUCCGUCGCCCGGAAAUCCACUCGUAGCAUGUCGACUGCGGCGGCUGGGUGUUGGUGUUACCGCAGCCAGAACUUAUAAUAACUCACAACUCACUGCACCCGAUUCACUUUCUUUCCAAUCGUCAUCCGCGAGAAAAAAAAAGCCACACCACACCCUCCCGACAACUAUGGCCGACCUCCCACCGCGCUUCAAAGCCGAUCUCGAGGACAGCCUCAGGGCUGACCUCUCAGCAAACCAGGCGACACAGGCGGCACAGGCGACCCAGGCGACCCCCAGCACGUGCCAAACACCCAAGGUGCGAAGAUGGGACGACCCGCCCGAAGAGGAGCCCGCCGCGCCGCCAGAAAACAUCACCACCAUGGUCUUCGUCAAAGCCGGCACCAUCCGCGCCGCGCCUGCCGAGCUCACCACCCUGACCUUCACCCCGACCGACAGCCAUAUCGUCACCACCGCGCGCCGCCCCGUGUCCGGCGUCACGCGGGCCGGGUCCUUCUCGCUGGUCCAGUACUCCCCCUUGACCCUGGCCGUCUGGUCCGCCACGACGGGCCAGCGCGUCUUCAUGCCCUACCCGGAGGGCAACAGCAUCUUCAGCACCGACUACCCCAGCGAGGGCGUCUGCAUCGAAGAGGGCGACUCCACCUUCCGCGGCUUCGCCUUCCGCGGGCCCCUCCCCGCCGCCUCCUCCUCCUCCUCCUCCUCCUCCGGCGGCAGCGGCGACGGGAUGAAGGACAGCCCGCUGAUCGUGGCGUGCCCCUUUCUGCGGGCCCAGAGCGUCUCGGCGGGCGACUGGAUGGGCACGCGGAUGGCGCGCCUCGAGGUGUACGACCUCGCGCGCGCCCGCGGCAGCCGGCUGCUCAAGAUGGACUCGCCGCUGCGCGCGCCCGUGGCCUGGAGCCCCGACGGCACCCUGCUGGCCGGCGUGUCCGUGCGCGACCCCAGCCGCGUCGUCACCGUCGUCGUCGGCCCCAACACGGGCUCCUCCAAGUCCGCCAAGGAGCCGCUCGCGGGCGCCCUGGGCAGCGUCGUGCUCAUGGGCCACACCGACGAGGUCACGCACCUGGCGUUUCUGCCGGUGCGCAGGGGCAGCGGGAAGGGCAAGGGCGCCGUUGCCCUCGCGGCGGAGGAGAGUGGCCGGGCGCUCGUGAGCGUCGGGCGGGAUGGGUACGUCAGGGUGACGGACGUGGUCAGCGGGCGGACGCUGAGGCGGAUCGAGAUCGGCGGGCGGGCGCACGCGAGCAUCCUGCAGGUGUCGCACGAUGGGAGGUUCGUGGUGACGGUGUGGGGGAGGGACGUGGUGGUCUGGGAUCAGGACUCGGGGAGCGUGCACAGCUACAACCUGAAUGCGGUGAGGCAGGUCGAGGGCUGGCCGCUGUGUGUCUCGCCGGAUUGCAGAUAUAUGGCGUACAGGACCGACGAUGGGUUCGAGGUCUGUGACGUCCUGACGGGGCAGUUCCGGGGUGAGUUUCCGUGCAAAGGGACUGCUAUCAUGUCGGCGGCCUUCAACAGCAACGGGACACGACUGGCCGUCGGGGAUUCCGGUGGCUGGUUGCAGAUGUUUGAGGUCAUCACGCAGUGAUCCCCAUCGUUGAGGCAUGGGCAAGCGGUCCUAGGAACGAUGAGGGGACAUACUUGCAAUCGCAGCCGGAAAAGGAGCCAUUUGUGUGGCAGGACACAUAUUGGGCAUCGCGGAUUAGAUCAGUUCGGUACCCAUUCUGGGUGAUCUGUACACCAUCGCCUGUACUAGUUAGCGCAGAGUAACUGCUAUGUAGCUUAUCGACCAGGCCAGCGCGGCUGGAAUGUCUUUGGGAGACUUGAGUCAAUAAGUACAUGUUCGGACGUCCGCAGUGGCCUGCGUCGGCCAGCCUUGC